CCCGGAGUUACUAGAGGAGAGAGUGUCUGUGUCGCCGCCGCUGUCGCCGCCGCUGCCGCCGCACGCCGCGUCCCCGGUUUGGUGUUGCGGCGCCCACCUUCAGGAGGAUAAGGUUCUGAACCUCAACAGCAAAAACAAAAGGUUUGUUUGGUUGCUUCAAGCUCCAAGGAAGCACAUGCAACAACCUUCCAGACAGGGCAACCAGCUCUUCCAAGUUUGCCCAGGACUUUCCUGGAUUUAGCACCAAAGGCUGCUUCUGAUGCUUGGAAGCUAUCCUCUCAGCCACAAAGAUGGUAAUAAAUCUUUGCCUCCCACAGUUCAGACCAAGAAUUCACUGCAACAAGAUAUCAGCUGAUGGUUAUGAAGUAGAAAAUCUCAUCUCUGAAGAUCUCACAAAGAGAAGUCAUGGUUUCAGGACAGAGUAUUUCAUUAAGCCACCCGUCUAUGUGACAGUUUCAUUUCCCUUUGAUGUGGAAAUCUAUAGGAUCAACAUAGACCUCACAGCUGGGGGAGGUCAGAACGUCACCGGCCUGGAAAUGUACACAUCUGCCUCAUCUAGCAGAGUGUCUUGGAAUACUCCCCAGUGCCGGACCCUGGGCCCAGCUGAGCCAUCUGUCCCAGACAAGGAGGCGUUCACCUUGGUAGGCAAAGUCUUACUGAAAAACCAGAGCCAAGUGGUGUUUAGCCACAGGGGCUUCAAGGCCAGGCCCCCUUUUGGCCCGAUGGAAGCCACACUCCCCUCCCCUGCUGUUGUGGCCCAGGAGCUCUGGAAUAAAGGGGCUCUUUCCCUUAGCCACGUGGCCCAUCUAAGGAUCUGUAUCACCCAUGUGACGGGCGGUGGUAUCCCUUGUAUCAAGCGGUUAGAAGUGUGGGGUCAGCCGGCCAAGACCUGCUCCCAGGAGGUGAUAGACAGCAUCCUGUUGGUCGCCUCAGAGAACCUGCCUCAGGAUGUGGCUCUGCAGGCCCCAACCUUGCCCAUGGAAAGUGACUGUGACCCCGGGGACCAGUCUGAGAGCCAGCAGGCCCCCUCCAGCCUGCAGAAGCUGGCCGAGAUCAUUCAGGAUGUGCCUGAGGAGUUCCUGGAUCCCAUCACCCUGGAGAUCAUGCCUUGUCCCAUGCUGCUGCCCUCAGGCAAGGUCAUUGACCAGAGCACGCUGGAGAAAUGUAACCGCAGUGAAGCCACAUGGGGCCGAGUGCCCAGUGACCCUUUCACGGGGGUAGCUUUUACUCCACACUCUCAGCCCCUGCCUCACCCCUCCCUCAAGGCUCGGAUUGACCAUUUCCUGCUUCAGCACUCCAUCCCUGGCUGCCACCUGCUUGGGAGAGCACAGACGGCAUUGGCAGUGAUCCCUUCUUCCAUUGUUCUGCCCUCUCAGAAAAGGAAGAUAGAGCAGGCUGAACAUGUCCCAGACGGUAACCUUGGUAUAAAUGCUUCUGGUUUUUCUGCCACAAGCCCUUUGGUCUUACCCACUACCUCAGAGCACACUGCUAAGAAAAUGAAAGCCACCAAUGAACCCAGCCUGACACACAUGGACUGUUCGACAGGUCCACUGUCCCACGAGCAGAGGCUGUCACAAAGCUUGGAAAUUGCCUUGGCAUCCACCCUUGGCUCCAUGCCCUCCUUCACGGCACGGCUGACCAGGGGACAGCUCCAGCACCUUGGCACAAGAGGGAGCAGCACUUCCUGGAGGCCUGGCACCAGCUCAGGUAACAUGGGCCCCGCCAUCUCCUUGGAGCCUUGGAAUGGGUGGUCUGUUUUCUGUCUCUGGAUGCUGGGCCAAGUACCUGGGGGCUCUGUGGACCUGCCUGGCCAGCCUCCCUUUCAGUUCCAACACCCAGCCUGGGAGAGAACCUGUUCUCUUGCCUUUUCCAGGGGUAGUUGAGGGGCUGCCUAUGAACUUAAGCUCCUCACAAGAAAAGCUUUCUUUAGUCAAUCCUUAGUGAUUCUGUGGAUGUAGGGCUUGGCCAGCCUCUGCUGUGUUUCCUUGUGAGAUCUACUGUUAAUUAUUUUCUCCUGAGGAUUUUUGUUUCUCUUUUUUUUUGGUUGUUAUUUAUUUAUUUAUUUAUUGA